AGAAGCGCUCCUGAAGGGAGACGUCGGGUUCGUCCCCGGGGUCCCCGCCGCGGUCGUAGCUCACGGGCGCUGCCUCCCGGCGUCCGGCCGCUUCGGCUCCGCGGCCUGGGAGGAGGUUGCGCAAGGCGGGGGCCCGAGCCUCGAAAAGGGAUGCGCCGGGCGUUGCCUCCAGCCCGCCGCCGCCGCCGCCGCCAGAAGCCCCAGAAGAGCUGAGGGAGGCGACGCCGAAGCGCUGGCCCGGAGUGACCACGGCUGCAGCCCGGGCGGCGGGCUAGGGCGCUCGCCCGGCUUCUGGGCCGACCCCGUUCUUGCGCCUCCGCUCCCGGCCAGGGGCCCGCCCCCCAGGCCGGGCCUCGCUCCCGGGUCCCAGAUGACUACCGAGGGCGGGCCGCCGCCGCCCCCGCCGCGCCCGCCGCCAGCCCCGCUCCGCCGCGCGUGCAGCCCGGCCCCCGGCGCGCUCCAGGCCGCCUUGAUGAGCCCGCCGCCCCCCGCCGCCGCCGCCGCCCUGGAGACCACCUCGUCCUCGUCGUCGUCGUCCUCCACCUCCUGUGCCUCGUCCUCCUCCAACUCGGCCAGCGCUCCCUCGGCCGCCUGCAAGAGCUCGGCUGGCGGCAGCGGCUCGGGCGCGGGGAGCGGGGGCACCAAGAAGGCGAACUCGGGGCUACGGCGUCCCGAGAAGCCGCCGUACUCUUACAUCGCGCUCAUCGUCAUGGCCAUCCAGAGCUCCCCCAGCAAGCGCCUGACGCUCAGCGAGAUCUACCAGUUCCUGCAGGCGCGCUUCCCCUUCUUCCGCGGCGCCUACCAGGGCUGGAAGAACUCGGUGCGCCACAACCUCUCUCUCAACGAGUGCUUCAUCAAGCUGCCCAAGGGCCUCGGACGGCCCGGCAAGGGCCACUACUGGACUAUCGAUCCGGCCAGCGAGUUUAUGUUCGAGGAGGGCUCUUUCCGCCGCCGGCCGCGCGGAUUCAGGCGGAAGUGCCAGGCGCUCAAGCCCAUGUACCAUCGCGUGGUGAGCGGCUUGGGCUUUGGGGCCUCGCUGCUGCCCCAGGGCUUCGACUUCCAGGCGCCCCCGUCGGCGCCUCUUGGCUGCCACGGCCAGGGCGGCUACGGUGGCCUCGACAUGAUGCCCGCAGGCUAUGAUGCCGGCGCAGGAGCCCCCGGCCACGCGCAUCCGCACCACCACCACCACCACCACGUCCCACACAUGUCGCCCAACCCGGGCUCCACCUACAUGGCCAGCUGCCCCGUGCCCCCGGGUCCCGGAGGCGUCGGUGCAGCCGGCGGUGGUGGUGGCGGCGGCGGCGGGGACUAUGGGCCGGACAGCAGCAGCAGCCCAGUGCCCUCAUCCCCAGCCAUGGCGAGCGCCAUCGAGUGCCACUCGCCCUACACGAGUCCUGCGGCGCAUUGGAGCUCGCCCGGCGCCUCGCCUUACCUCAAGCAGCCGCCCGCCCUGACGCCAAGCAGCAACCCCGCGGCCUCUGCAGGCCUGCACUCCAGCAUGUCCUCCUACUCGCUGGAGCAGAGCUACUUGCACCAGAAUGCCCGCGAGGACCUCUCAGUGGGACUGCCUCGUUACCAGCAUCACUCAACUCCAGUGUGUGACAGAAAAGAUUUCGUCCUCAAUUUCAAUGGCAUUUCUUCUUUCCAUCCUUCGGCAAGUGGGUCUUAUUAUCACCAUCACCACCAGAGCGUGUGUCAGGAUAUUAAGCCCUGUGUCAUGUGAAUGGACAAAGGCCACAUGAAGGCCCUCUCUCUUCUCUUUUCAUCUUCCCCUAAGGGGCAGAUAGGAACUUCGAAGGACUCACACAAUGUGCACGCGGAUAGCAGUAAGUAGCACUCUGUCACUUAGCCUGAAUGCCCAGGAAAGCCUCGUAUGCUGAUUUUUUGCCUACCAUUGGAAGAGAGAAAACCUUGGCAAGAUAAUGCACCAGAUGAGGGAGAGCAUGAACUAAGGGAUGGUAAAAACUUAAAACUCUGGGAUGGCCAUUGCCUUCAGUAAUCAGGGUCUGAAAAAAAGCAGACAAGUUGCGUGUAUGUGUGUGUUUUUUCUUGGUCUAUGAAAACUUGUGUGCUUUUCAAAAAGGCAGUGCUAAGCACAAGAUUUCAAGAAAGCCUCAUCUUGUUGCCUAGCUAGUUAGGAGAAUUCUGUUCCCCCCCCCCCAAACACUAGGUUUGUAUACAGGUGCCAAAGAACAUUAAGAAGAAAUGAUUUAGAACCAACCACAUCUAUUUUAAGAAAAUGGUUCUCAGUAUUGUGACAAUACAACAUUUUUACAAGGUUGUUUUCUACCACCAUAUUUUAAAGAUAUUUUUAUGAUCUUCGUGUAUACUCACACUUUGCUUGUAUUUUAAAAGGAGGAUAUAUUUGCACUUAUGUAUACUUUUACAGUUUGCCAAAAAAUAUUUUGAUGUAAAAUUUUUUUUCAAUAAAAUGUAUAUAACAAGUAGU